AAUUUAGUCAUGCUGUUGUCUCAUGUUUGAGAACUCAUGCAACACUUAAAACACGUAAAAUUAGACUUGUUUUGUUUGUCUUUAUAAUGUAUAACGUCGCCAUAACUGAGAUAAAAGACAAAGAGCUUGUGAUUAUUGCUGUUAAAGGAAAAACAUCUUGUAUUUUUCAACUCGUGUCAAAAUGGAGUUGUUGAAAGAGCCAUUCAUAGUAACUGUAGAGUUUUGGUGUAUGCGUAUAUUUACCACAUACACUAUUAUAGUCACCCUCUAGCUGUACCAAUGAAAACUUUUCCUACAAAAUGAGACAUUAAUCAUCCAAAGAGGGAUAAGUGAAACAUUUUUACUUGCAUGAAAUGUCUUAGAAUUGCAUGAUACUGAAGUUCUGUGAGCUCAUGAGGAUUUUGCUUUCAUUAAAACAACAUUUUAGAGAAUACAAACGGCUACAUGUUGGAAAUACUGAUCAAUGAAUAUCAAGUAGCAUUUUCCCCCCGAAGCAGAUAUGUGGCAUUUUGGAAUGAAAUAAUUCAGUCCUCGGGAAUUAGACACGUCUCGGUCUAAGCUGUGCCAUCAGAUCCUAUCAGAUCCAGAUGUGCAUCAGACUCGAGCCUAAUCCCUCGCAGCAGCAUGUGACUGUAAUGAUUUCACUUGAUGUUCUGCCUUAUUGUAUUUUUGCAUUUGUUUGUUUGAUUGUUGUUAACGAUGACAUAUCAUCAAGUUUUUUGCUAAGCAGUAUCCCCAUUCUGAGCCAACUGAAAGUUGCCUGGCAGCAGUCUGACAUGGUGACACUGUCUGACGCUGUUCACUGUCAAACACCGGGCGGUGACAUCUGUAUGUUAAAAUGUAACCCACCAAGUACACAACCCACGCUUUACUCCCGAGACAUUACACGAGGAGCAUGUUGGAAAGCAUGUAAUAUCUUGGCCAGCCGUGAGUGUCUGCGUUUGUUUUCUUUAAUAAACUUACAUUGCUCCAGCUGAGCCACAGCAGAGGGGUCAGUGUAGCCGUGACCCCCCCUGCUUCUGUUGAGUCUUCAGCUGUGGAGGGAAGACCCAACACACAAGACAGACACAUCAGGGCAUGACAGGGGAUUUUCUGCUCCAAUGUUAAAAAUGAAAAUGAUUACACAAUCAGGACUCUGGGAAAUUUAGUUUAGAACAUUUUCAAUUGUGAGCCGAUACAGUAAAUGUGAGAAUUUGAGAAGCCAUUUUUUGGUUUUAUUUGUUAACCAAUGGGUCAUUACUGGAAGAACAUCCGUAUUGACUGAUAAUGUUAGCAAACCAGUGCGGCGGUAGGUGUCCUACUCCACUGUGGGCAUGAUUGAAGUCAUCCUAACAUCAACAGGAAGCUACAGUUGCUACGUGGGCUGUGUACACAAACUACUUAGGAUGCCAGACUGCGAUAUGACACAUAACUGCACAUAAUUGCUGUAAACAAAAAUAUACACAAGAGAUUGAAAAUUUGACAUCACAAGUUUUCCCUCUCAAAUGAACGACUGGAGUUGUAUCUGCUCAUGUUUAUUCUUAUCAUUCUUAUUACAUGACAUGUCUUCCCACUUGACUACUUUCGCCUUUUUGCUUUCUUACCAAGAGUUGGAUAAAAAGAUGGAUACCACUUUCAUAUUUGUCAGUUAAAUGUGAAACUGCAGCCAGAAGAUAGUUAGCUUAGCUUAGUAUAAAGACGGCAGGGAAAAAUUGCUAGCCCGGCCCUAAAAUAAACCACCUUAAACUUAAACUCUUCAAUUGACACAUACAUUAUAUCUUAUUUCUUUGAAUAAGGCUUAUGCACACAAACCUCCAGGAAGUCACUGUGCCCAUUAAAAGAAAAUAGCACAUAAAACCAUAUCACCCAUAAUGUGUUAACAAGCGUACUUUAGAGAUGUUAGGAGAUAUCUUGUUACAUUUGGAUGAACCCAGGCUAGCUGUUUUCCCCCACGCCCAGGCUUUAUGCUAAGUUAAGCUAGCCCGCUGCUGGCUGUAGCCUUAUAUCGUACAGACAGACUUAAGAGUGGUGUUGAUCUUCUCAUUGAACUCUCUGCAAGAAUGCAAAUCCACCCAUUUCCACCCAUUUAAGUGUGGUUAGGUUGGCUGUAUAUGGCCUAUUUUAAAGCUAGCAUGCUAGCAUUUGUAAAGUGAUAAAGUGUAAAGUGAAUGAAACACAUACCAAGUAUUUGUUCCUUCCACCUACAGGAGGCGCUAUCAGUGGUGAGUGAAGACCAGUCCCUAUUUGAGCCUCCGUACACUGCUGCUGUCCCUCUCCCUAAGACAGACAUGACUGCAUCGGGCACACAGGACUACGGCCAGACCCACAAAAUCAACCCCUUACCCCCACAGCAAGAGUGGAUCAACCAGCCAGUGCGGGUCAACGUCAAGAGAGAAUAUGAGCACAUGAAUGGAUCCAGGGAGUCUCCAGUGGACUGCAGUGUGAGUAAAUGCAAUAAGCUUGUCGGGGGUAACGACGCAUCUCAGAUGAACUAUGGAAACUACAUGGAUGAGAAGAAUGCCCCUCCCCCCAACAUGACGACCAAUGAGCGGAGAGUCAUUGUACCCGCAGACCCCUCGUUGUGGUCUCAGGACCAUGUGCGCCAGUGGCUAGAGUGGGCCAUUAAGGAGUACGGCCUGGUAGAGAUCGACACGGCCAUGUUUCACAACACAGACGGCAAAGAGCUCUGCAAGAUGGGCAAGGACGACUUCCUUCGGCUCACCACCAUGUACAACGCCGAAGUGCUUCUCUCUCAUCUCAAUUACCUCAGGGAAAGUAGCUCGUCAUUAUCCUACAAUACGCCAUCUCACACAGACCCAUCCCCACGUCUGGCUGCCAAAGAGGACCCUUCAUAUGAUGCUGUACGGCGGACAGGAUGGUCAAACAACAUGCACAGUGUCAAAGGUUCACCGGUGGUUCCUCAGAAUGUGACCAAGUCCUCUGAGCAGCCGAGACCUCAGCCAGAUCCUUACCAGAUUCUGGGUCCCACCAGUAGUCGCCUAGCCAAUCCAGGUUCAGGUCAGAUACAGCUGUGGCAGUUCCUCCUGGAGCUCCUGUCUGACAGCGCCAACGCUGGCUGCAUCACCUGGGAGGGCACCAAUGGCGAGUUCAAGAUGACCGACCCAGAUGAGGUGGCGCGGCGCUGGGGCGAGCGCAAGAGCAAGCCCAACAUGAACUAUGACAAGCUGAGCCGUGCGCUCCGCUACUACUAUGACAAAAAUAUCAUGACCAAGGUGCACGGCAAGCGCUACGCCUACAAGUUUGACUUCCAUGGCAUCGCUCAGGCGCUACAGCCGCACCCCACCGAGUCGUCCAUGUAUAAGUACCCAUCGGACCUAGCCUAUGUGCCUUCCUACCACGCCCACCAGCAAAAGGUCAACUUUGUGUCGCCACACCCUCCAUCGAUGCCCGUCACCUCCUCCAAUUUCUUUGGACCCACAGCUCCGUACUGGAGCUCGCCCACUGCAGGCAUCUACCCCAACCCAAACGUACCCCGCCACCCUAACACCCACGUGCCGUCCCACCUGGGUGGUUACUAUUAAACACCCCACUCUGACCAUCCACCGCCCUCUAAAACCUCCCAUUUCCCACACCAAAGUUUCCAAUUGCUGACCUGCACUCCCAAUGACGCAGAACCCAUGAAGACUGAAUCGAUAGAGGCGUUUGUCCUCUGAAGAAAUCUUGCUCCUAAAUGAAGGAUGAUAAAAAUUGAAGGAGAUUUUUUUUAAUUAUGUGUAAGAAUAUAUAAAACAACUGGAUGCUAUGGUCCAAAAUGGAAUACUACUUACCUUUACCAGACUAGCAACUAUUUGUUUUUGCUUUUUGGAUGUGCGUCUAAGUUUUCCUGUGCCUUUCUCUUUCCCACCCUCCAGAAAGCUUCACCUACAGGUGUCCUUUCCAAAACCUCCCAAAACAAAGCAGGACAGGAGAACAACUCGAGCCUGUCUCCCUCCUCGACAUGCUACAGUACCAGACAUGGGCCUAUCGUUUAUGGGUCUUAAUCUACAUCCUCCUCCGUACAUUAUGCACGAUACGCUUUAAGCAUCUGCCUUUUCUGCUCGUCUACAGCCUUGUUGGGGUUUCUUAUUCCCACCACAUCUAGCCUUCUGUUUCCACUGUCUCCGUCUGCUCGUCUGUCCAUCUGCAUCUUUUUAUGUGUGUGUGGAGAGUCUUCUGGAAUUCGCUGGACAAGGAGGAGCUCUCAAAGAGAUGGACUUUUUCUCAGCACUGAAUGAAAUUUGGCAACUGGAAUAUGCCAUUCACAAUUUUAUUUAUCCUCCAAACUGGAAGGCUAGAGAAGAGUUAAAUGCCAGAGAAGGAAGCGCUGUACGUUUUGCUGACCUGGGUGAACUCGGAAAAGAUUUCCGUGUGUUGUGUGCGCAGUUCACGAUGGGAGACCUGCACGGUUGACUCGAGUGUUCUGGGGAAGCUGAGUCAAGAUGUAAUUGAAGUAAUUUGCAACAUUAAUUCAACCCAGGUCAGAUGUUUUCAGGGGGCCACACACUAGGCUAUUAAAUGUUUGCCAUGUUGUUAACCUUUCAGCCACGCCAUUUCCAGAUGUUUUGUUGCUCGACAAUGUCAGUAUUAAUGUGAAUGUCUUCCGGUUUUGUGAAACACACGUUUAAAGGGAUACCCUGCAGCAAAAUCAAAAUUUGUCAGAUGUUUUCAUUUUGCUUAAUGAAAAGAAUCCUUGAUUAUUAUUUUUUUACCACCAUGUUUGCUGCACAUGUCUGUAUCUGAAACAUGAAAGUGCCUUUUUUUUUGCAGAUGUGAUUAUUUACAUGUUAUCUACACAAUAAGACUGUAUGUUGUUUGGAUGUAUCCAAAUGUAUCUUACAGUGUAUCCAGUUAUAGUACAUGGCAUAAUGAGGAACCCUAUCCUCACAGUGCCUUAACUGCUGUUUUAUACCAUAUAUUUUCUAUUCAUUAUACACGAAACAGCGUUACAUCUUAAAAUGCAUAGCAAGUUACGUAAUUAUCAUCUCCAAGUCUCACCGGAAAUCUGACAAUUUUUGAUUUUGAAGUGCACUCUGUCAAUAACGGCUGCCAAAGUGUCUCCUUCCUCUUUGUAGGCCAGUCCGGACCGUAUGGGUCAGCACAGAGAAGCGGCUUAGCAGUAUGUCAUGUUAAUAGACAGUUUAAGUUGCAUUUUACCAGGGCUGGAUCCUAGUUUGAGAGCAUGUGUGUUUGAAUGUUAGUUUCUCACUGAUCUAAAGCCCAGCAAAAUGCACAUGAAUCUCAAGUCAGGAUUUCAUCAUCAUGUAAUAGUAUCAUGUCAAAACAUAUCCAUCUUCAGCUGUUAAUAGCAAAAGUAUUCCUUUUAGAGUGACUGAAAAUGGACACUUGAAAAUAAAUUACUUGGGACUAAGUAGUUUAUCAAAGAACAAAACCAAUAAAGUAUGACGAGAUGAAACAAAGAAAUCCUCAGAUUCGCAAACGCUGUGCGUUUGUCAGACCUAUUUUUUAUUAUUUUAUAAGCAUCAGUCAACUAGGCAUUAAAGCAACUUACUGUAUAAAUUAUGCAGAGUUAUUUUCAUAUGUGACACAGUAUAAAAAGUCAAGAGAAUUAAUACGAGUUGACCUCGGUCAAAAAUGCAAACCUUUUAAGUCCAUUUCUGCUAAGUAGUUUGUUCAGCAUUUUAAACGUUUUUUAUAUCUGUACAUUUGGGCAAUACAUUUUAACAUUUUUGUUUUCUUGUUUUUGUUAUUAUUUCUGGAAUUCGGUUGUAACAAGUGUCUUUAUGUGCGCAAGAUAUUUUCUUGUAUUUCCAAAAAACCACAAAUGUCUGCUUGAAUCAUAAUCCAACAGCCAGGAAUUCAGUUAUUCUAUGAAAGUAUGAUGGAUAUUUUCCAUUAUGAAUCACUUUUUAUGCCAAAUAGCCCUGGAAUUGACAGAUUUUUCAUUAAAAAAAAUGUCAGGUAUUUUAUGCAAAACAGUACAAUCAGUAUUACUAUCCACAACCAGUUUCUCCUGAAAGUGUAUAGCUUUAAAAGAACAAAUAAAAAUGGGAAAUUUUAAUUUGUAGCAUAAAGAAAUUAUUCUAAUGUACCCUUAAAUUCCAUGUUUCACGAGCAUUAUCAAUGAAAAGGGAUCUGUGCUACUUCGUAUAUGCAAUGUAUUUUGGAUAUCUAAUAUAUAUAUAUAUAUAUAUAUUAUAUAUAAAUAUAUAUAUAUAUGUGUGUAUAAUUUUACAAUUAACCAAUGUAUUAUUAUUAUUAUUAUUAUUAUUGUCAUU